CGGAAGCGAAGUUUGACCAUUUUUUUCUUCGUUUGUUAACCACUCUGCUGUUACUCCACCGAUUUCCGAGAAUAUUCAAGGGUAUUUGUGCAUGACAUAACAGCAACCUAAAGCAGAUUUUUUUAUGAUUACAAUAAUUCCUGUCAAUAGGCGCGGUAAGUAAAGGCAUCUGUCUUAAAUCGUAAAACAAAAAUAACAUCUUUUAUUUUAUUCCAUAGAAUAUUGGAUUUGAGCAUUACAUUCAAACAAAUAUCAUCGCUGCAUUACGGUACUCCCGGUCACGGCCGCUCGUAUGUAAUACUUGACGGCGAACUGGGCCGUAGCAGACAUAGGAAGGAAGAUGAAAAUCCAAUCCUCUUGCAAAACAAUUCUAAUAAAUGCCUAAUACAGCGAUGCCAAUAUUAAGGAGGACCUAAAAGCUACAAUCUAGAUACUGAAUACCCGGCAGAUGACCUAUCCAC